AUGGAGUUGGCUGACAAGCUGAACUAUCCCAGCUCGGGAUAUAAGCUUAAGGCGAUCACUGCAUUCAAGAUUUUCGUCUACCAUCGCGACCAUGCUCUUGGGGAUAGCGACGCUGUUAUUCCUAAGAUUAUCCGCGAAAACAAGCAUGUAAUCAACUUCCCUAAGACCAACAACAAGUGCGUCUUCCGCUAUAUCGCCUGGCAUACAUUCCAGAGCCCUAAGAAGGAUCCUCGCAGAAUUCAGGCUCAGGUGAAGGAGGUAUUCAAGCGCUACUGCUCUUUCAAGGGGGUGAAGUAUACGCUGAGUCUAUUUAGAAGUUUCAAGCCUAUUGACCUACUACAACUCGAUGAAGUUGAGGACUGCUUCCAACUCGGUAUUAACGUAUAUAGCAUGGAUGUAGCUUCCGGAAAUGUAGAAUGCAUUCGUAGAUCGGACAAGGGGUAUGAAGCUAUGGAUAUUUUAUCGUUCGAGAAUCAUGCUCUUUACAUCAAGAACUUUGACAUGCUUCAGGCUAAGUAUCAAUGCCCUAAGUGUGCAAUGGUUUUCGUCAGCGCUGAAAGAGUAAAAAAUCACAAAAAGAAUCAAUGUGAGCUCGUGAAUAUCGAAAGCUUCCCAGCUGAGCCAACUAUCUACAAACCAGCUCAGAACGUAAUACGAUCACUGCUUACGAAGUAUUUAAUCAAGAAUACUGACCAGUACAUCGAUCACUUCAUCGUUUAUGACUUUGAGGCCAUUCUUAAGCCUACCGCGACUCAACACGGGGAGAAUACUGUCUUCACGAACGAACACAUUCCUGUGUCGGUAUCAGUAGCUGAUAGUUUAACCGAGGGGGUGCGUUGCUUUGUAAAUGACGAUCCAAAGAUGCUACUUACGGAAAUGUUCAAUUACAUUGGUGAUGUAUCGGCUAAGAUUCAGCAGUACAAUGUCAAUAAAUAUAUGUCGCUUCUACAAAAAAUCAUCAAUGCACAUGGUCUGACAGGUAUGGAAGUCCCAGGCGCUAAUUCUGAUAAAAAGUACAAGAUGUCUGAUGUGGAGAGUUGGAUUGAAGAGGGAAAGUAUGCCAGCUUCUUUGACUUUCACCGCAGUCUUGGUUUUGGUAAGCAAAGGUCUGAUUAUGGGAAACUGAAACAGCAGCUUGACCAGGUACCAGUAUUCGGCUUCAAUUGUGGUCGAUAUGAUAUUUGGAUUAAGAAAGAUUUGUUUGCCGUAAUUGGUACCGACAACGUCAAAUCUGUCAUCAAGAACCCCAGCUACAUGUGCAUUGCUACAUCGGACAUGAAAAUGCUUGAUAUCACUAACUAUGUACCAGCUGGUACCAGCUACGACAAGUAUCUUACAACAUAUCUCGGUGGCUGCAAAUGCGAUGACAAAAUUAGAUGUGUCUGUGGUCUUGGUAAGGGUCUUUUCCCUUACGAGUACAUCACCGCGUUCAAUGUUCUAAAGCAGACUACUAUCCCGCCUAAGUCAGCUUUUGAUAGUAAGCUCCACCUACUGAUCUGGUACAAUAAUCUCGACGUAGUCCCUUUCACCAAAGCUAUCAAGGCUCAGCGAGAGCUAUUUAAGCGCUUCGAUCUGGAUAUGUUUGCGGAUGGAGUGUCCCUACCUGGUCUUUCAGAGAAGGUUAUGUAUCAGACCUGCUUCAAUAAUCUCCAAUAUCCGGAUAAGAAACCUGCUAACGCAUUCCGCUUUCCAGCGAAGCGCAUGGCUGGCUACAAGAGUCAGGAUGCUAAGGCAAAACGAAAAUUUGGUAUGACGCUCGAGCACGUGAAUACAUUGCUGCAAAAGCAAAAGUAUCUGUGUGGUCUAUGCUAUUGUCAGCUGACUGCUGAUACCGCUUCCGCUGAUAGAAUCAAUAACAAUCUUGGGCACACUGAUGGCAAUAUCUUGAUCAGCUGCAUUUCAUGCAACACCGCUCGAAAAGAUAUGUCUCUUCGGGGGUUCAGAUACAAGAAACUGCUUGAUUUUAACGCAGACAGAUUGCGAAACGAGACGAAGAUUCGUGGAGCUAAGAUCUGCAAGAAAAUUAUCGGAUACGACGCUAACGCUCUAUACCUAUGGGCCCUUGGUAAUGAGAUGCCAUGCGGUCGAUUGACUACGGUUGAAGCGUAUGAUGGUAUCAUCGAUGACAUCAAAGCAGACAAAGUAUUCGGCUUUCUUGAAUGUGAUAUUCGAACACCAGAAUACCUUAAACAGUACUUUGGUGAGAUGACUCCAAUUUUCAAGAAUGUACUGAUCGACUGUACGAAUGAGAGCGUCAUUGGUAAGCACAUGUUCGAACACAAUGAGGCGCGCAAGCAAAGCCGAGCAAAACCAGCUCGCAAGUUGAUUGGUAGCUACUUUGGUGAAAAGAUUCUCAUAUACGCACCUUUGCUGAAGUGGUAUCUCUCUCAUGGUUUGGAGAUCACCGAGACUUACAGCUUCAUAAAAGCGAGCUCCCAUAAAGAUUUUGCUCCAUUUAUGGAGGCUGUAUCAAACGCCCGGCGAGAGGGUGAUGUUGAUAAGUCUAAGGCUAUGAUUGCCGAGAUGAUGAAACUGGUAGGCAACAGUGCUUUUGGUCGAUCUGGCAUGGAUAUGAGCAAGCACAAAGAGGUUAAGUAUGAGUCGAGUGACAAAGCUAUUAAGAACAAGAUCGAACACUUUACGUUCCAUGGUCUCGAGGAGCUUAAUGAUGCGUGUGAGAUCACGAUGAAGAAGCGCCGACUCAAUAAUAAGAACCCAGUCCAUUUGUCGAUUGCUAUCUAUCAGCUUGCUAAGCUACGCAUGCUUCAGUUUUACUAUGACUGCAUAAAUUUCUACUUCGAUCGCUCUGACUUCCAGUAUCAGGAGAUGGACACUGAUUCGGCUUAUAUCGCUUUCAGCUGUGAUAAUCCAUUUCAAGACUGUAUUAAGCCUGAGCUACGAACCCACUUCAAGGAGCAUAAAUACGAUUGGUUCCCACGUGACUACAACACUGAGGUAGCUAAGUUUGAUCGCCGUACGCCUGGUUUGUUCAAAGAUGAAUGGUCAGGUGAUGCUAUGGUCUCACUAUCGAGUAAGAACUAUAUUUGCUACCUACCCGAUGAGACAUACAAAGUAAAGGUUUCAGCGAAGGGUAUUCAACAGGGAAGUGGUCGAAACAAUGGUGUUCUUAAUCCUGAUGGGUUUGAGACUGUCGUACGGGAUCGCAUCACGCUACAAGUACUUGAUGAUGAAAGCAAAGGACCCGAUAUUCAACGAUUUCAGGAGCAAAAGAAGAGAUUCAAUGGUUUCAAAAUAGCUUCGCAUAACCCCAACUCGUGGCAAAUUGAUCUUGCGUUUUGGAAGAAACGGCCAAUUUUGACUGCUAUCAACAUCAACUCAAGGCUGGGUGAUAAUGGUAGUGAGUUCAUGAACUUACAGGCCCAAGAGCUCUUCAAACCCAAGACAAUUGAGCACUACAACAAUGAGCCAGGUGAUCAUGGAACUAUGGGAAGAAUUGAACGAUUCAACAGAACGCUGAAACAGAGACUAACUAAAAUGUCCCCCAAGAGAAUUACGCAAAAGCUUAUCACUGAUGUUAUUGAAAACUACAAUACCACGUUUCACCGUUCGAUUGGUAUGACUCCAAAUGAGGCAAAAGGCAAAGUAAUGAAUGCAGAUCUGAGUCAUAAUCAGGUGGAAGCCGAUAGAAUUGAGAAGGAGUUUGACGUCGGAUCAAGCGUAUUGUACCGUCUCAAAAAGCAGACGUUUGAUAAAGAAGCUGCUCGAUGGAGCAAAGCAGCGCCAAACGAUCUUAAAAUGGUCAACACAGAGACUACAGAUGCUGUUAUUAAUCGUGGCGAUAUUCUUGAAGCUGAGAAGAUCUUGGAUCAUAAGACGACACGGUCUGGGAAGUACAAAUAUCUGAUCAAAUGGCUUGGUAAUGAGCCUGAUUCCUGGGAACCUCAAGAUAAUCUCCAAUUGAUAAAUAAGAAUCGGAAGUCGAUGCUAGAAAAAGAGUACUGGGCAAAAAAAACACACAAAUGA